UCUAGAAUACUCCCCUCAACUCUUCGUCUCCCAUUUUCUUCUCCGCCUCCAACCCUAGGCUAGAAUCUAGCAAUCCGAUUGCUCCCGCUGCAUCGAAUCCCUAACAUAUCGGUCGCAUAUCUCAAUCUCCCAUCGAUUAUCCGCUUUCCUUCCCGAUGAUGAUAAUCAUUUCCCUUUCGAUCAUGGCUUGGCGCAUGCAAAGAGAAUUUCUCGCAGUGACAGCGAAGUCGAAUAGUCGAUUCGGCUGGAGAUUGAAGUUGGAGUAUAAAUACGAGGUGGGGUUUAUUUUUUUGUUCAUACUUCUCUCAAGUCUCAAUCUCAGUACUCUGUUUCUCAGUUCUCAGACUGACUUCUCAUCCUUUUACUGCUUGUUUGGUUUGUGGCUACUGGCCUUGUGCGUGCGACUGUGCGAGAAUCAUCUUCACAUCCAUUCCCACCCGUUGUUUGUGCCUCACUCUGUUUGUUCAAGGUAAAUAUCCACUUUCUUUGUUUCAAUUUUGAUCAUUGGUGUUGGUUAAUGAUUGAGGGAGUCGCUUGAUAUCCUACUAAUCCUUGUUCCUCUGUUUUUUCGGCAGGAACAAUGUCAACAGAGGGAGUUCAACCCACUCCACAAGAUAAUGACAAUAGUGCAAAUCCAGUUCUGUCUGCACCUACUGGAAAUGGGACUGUCACAAACCCAACUCCGCAGGCAGCAACUACAAAUGAGCAGAAUGGCAAUGCUGGGAAUGGUAAUGUUGUCGAGGAAAUACUCGACGUUGGUAAGCUUAAGAGUGUUGUUUGGUUACACUAUACCAAAGUUCGAAUUAAUGGAAUUGUCAAGGCUAAAUGCAAUUAUUGUAAGAAGCAAUUAGGUGGGGAAUCAAAUAAUGGUACUACCCACCUAAAGAAUCACACCAAAAUUUGUGUUCAGAAGAAAAUUAGGGAUGGUAGUCAAAAGAUUCUCGGCCCUCACUAUUUGGCUAAAGGAAAUCAAGACUUGGUUGCUACUGCUUUCAACUCUGAUUUUUCAAAAAGGGAGCUUGCAAUUGCUAUUACAAUGCAUGAAUAUCCUUUGUCGAUGGUUGAUCAUCUCUAUUUCAAGAGAUUUGUAUGCUCUCUUCAACCAUUGUUCACUGUUCCAUCGAGGAAUACUAUAAAGAAAGAGGUCUUUAAGAUCUAUGAUAUUGAAAGAGCUAAGAUUCAAAGUCUGUUUGAUAUCAACAGAGGUAGAAUUGCAAUAACUACUGAUUUGUGGACUGCCACCAAUCAAAAGAAGGGGUGCAUGACUGUUACAGCUCAUUAUAUUGACAAUUCGUGGGUGCUUAGGAUCCAUAUGCUAAGAUUUGCAUAUGUACCAGCACCUCAUACUGCUGAAAGGUUGGGGACAGUGUUGGUUAACUGUUUGCUCGACUGGAAUGUCGAUAGUAAGGUAUCCACCAUUACCCUAGACAAUUGUAGCACUAAUGACUCUAUGAUUCGUGUCAUACAGUCAAAAUUAGUGUUACCUGACUUGAUAAGUGAUGGUGCUUUGAUACAUAUGAGGUGUGCUGCUCACAUCUUGAAUUUGAUUGUGAAAGAUGGUCUGGAUGUUGUUAAAGAGGGAAUUGAUAACAUUAGGAGCAGUGUUGUUUACUGGUCUGCUACCCCUAAAAGGCUAGAGUUCUUCCUUGAAAUUGCAAAGCAGUUAAAAUUCACUUCUGAGAAACGACUUGUUAUGGAUUGCCCUACUCGGUGGAACUCCACCUUUAAAAUGCUAUCUGUUGCUAUUCCUUACAAGGAGGUUUUCACUAGACUGAAGCAACGUGAUGCUCAAUAUAAUUUCUUGCCAUCGAAUGAGCAGUGGCAAUUUGCUGCACUUGUUUGUGAGAAACUUAAAGUUUUUAGCUCUAUCUCUGAUUUGUUCUCUGGAUCGAAGUAUCCAACGACUAAUCUGUUCUUCCCUCGUAUUUGUGACUUGAAACUCAAGGUUCAUGAGUGGUGUGUUGAUACCAAUGAAGUGAUUCAAAAGAUGGGUUAUUCUAUGCUGGAAAAAUUCAGCAAGUACUGGGACGAGAUUCACAAAGUCCUUGCUAUUGCUGUGAUUCUAGAUCCACGGUAUAAGUUGGAAAUUGUUGACUACUAUGCUGAAAAAUUUGGUGUUGAAUUUGAUGGCUAUUGUUUGGAAUCUGUUAAGGACAUAUUAUCUGAUCUGGUAUUGGAGUACCAAAGUAAAAUGAAUGAGGAGAGGAAUCUGAAUGUUUCUGGGUAUGUUGGAGUUGAGUCCUCUGCUCCUAGCACCACUGAUUUCGACUUUGAUCGAUUUGUGAGCCAAAGAAAAAGGGCAAGAGUUGCUUCUGUCCAUACUGAGUUGGACAGUUACCUCAAUGAGGAAAUUCUCCCUCGUUCUGCUGAGUUUAAUAUUUUAAUGUGGUGGAAGCAUAAUGGUCCAAAAUAUCCCACUUUGCAAGCCAUAGCAAGGGAUGUUUUGGCUGUUCCUGUUACCUCUGUUGCAUCUGAGUGUGCAUUUAGCUCUGGAGGUCGUGUUUAUACCCUCAUAGGAGCAGGUUGCACCAUGCUACUGUGGAAACACUUGUGUGCACAAGAAGUUGGUUGCAAGCUGAGUUGGCUGGAGAUGAUGCUGCUACUGGAGCAGGAGUAUUGGAAGGAUGUUUCUCCCCUACAAGUGAAGCCAAUCUGGUCCAGCUCCAACCUGAUGCUGAAACUACUGAAGAGCAAGCCCCUCGUUUCAAGCUUCUUGAAGAUUAAUCAAGAUUUGUUUUGUUUGAGUUUUGUUGCCUUGGCUGCUGGGUGGAACCAAGGAAUGCAGAAUGCUGCAUUGUUGCUGCUGCUGGAAAGUGGAGUAUGGAGGCCUAAAGUGAAGUCUUUCUCAUGCUGUUGUGCUGCUGUUGCUAUCGAAGUUGUUCUCGAGGACGAGUAGUAGAGAUGUUUUGCACUUUUGCUAGUCAUUUAAACUUUUGUUUUGCUGAUACAAUGGUCUUGGUCAUUUUGGAUUUGAUGGUAUUUUAGGAUUGGAUGUUUUCUGUUGAAUGUUUUGUACUUUUGCUACUUCUCCAGUGCAUUCUGGUUUCUGGAUUUGACGUUAUGAAGUUCAUGUUUCAGCUUCACGUAAGAAUUUGGUUGUUGUUUUUUAACUAAUGAACUAGUCGGAUAGGUUUCGGGUCCCCGACAAACCCGACACCCGAAAACGGGCGGGCUUGGUUGCUCUUUUACAACCGAUAACAGUGUUCGGCCGGGGAUUCCCCGAACCCGAAGUUUCGGCGGGCGGGUGACGGAUCCAUAUAUAUCCGACCCCGAUCCGCCCGAUUGUCAUCCCUAACUAGAACACGUGACCUCAAGGACAAACCAGCUCUAAUACCAUGUCAAAAACCACUCGAUCCCGAUAACUCGAGCUGUUGGGAGAGGUUCAAUCGUGGAUAUAUACCAUUCACUAACAUAUUAGUUUCGUUUUGUUUUGAUAUGUUUUUGUGGCAAUUAGAGGGUCUAAGAUAGAGUCAGUAACCAUUGGUUACUGACAUGUCAGUAACUAAACCAAGACCGUAGAUCUAGGGGCGGAAUCAUCAUAUGGCUGGGCUGCACGCGGAGUGAGGAGGGGCAUUUUUGUCCAAUUUUUGAAAUUUAAUUUUUUUUCCCUUUUUUUUUCCAGCAUUUAUAUGUUGUCUUUUUAAUGAAGGAAAGAGAAAAACAGAUUGUCUCUUCCUCUCUCUUUCUCUCUUUCUCUCUUCCUCUCUCUCUUCCAAACUCCUUUUUCCAAAUCUAAAUCUUCUUUCUUCUCUUGUUCUUCACUUUUUUUCUCUCCAACAAUCGACGAAGAAAAAUUGCAGCCUCCCACCUCAAAUCCGGUGACGCUCCAAAUCCUUCUUCUCUCAAGCUCCUCCUUCAUUCUGUUUUUUCUUUUCUCGGCCUCAAAAUAGAUGACGCUCCAUAUUGUCAAAGAGGGGACAGAUCUAGGUGAGUCGAGUUUGCAUCUUUUGUGUUUUAGCAUGUGUUAGUGAAUUUUCAAUUCCGAUCUUCCUCCUCUUUUUUCUUUUCUUUUUGCAUUUGAUGUUCUUGAUUGCGGAGGAGUAAAUGAGAGGAGACAGAAGACGAGUUUUUUCUCUCUUCCUCGUCUGUUUUUCCCCUUGAGAAUAUAUAUUGAUAUUACCACACUAUACCAUAUGAUAAUGUGUGCUAACUAAAUGUAUUUUUAUAGUCACGGGUUUUAUCAUGGUGGUAGUGGGUGGUAAUCGACACCAGUUCCGAGAAAGAAGAGUUAGAAGACAAUGAAGUGAGAGAAGAAGGUCGUAAUUGUAUAUAUAUUAAGAUUACCACACUAUACCAUAUGGUAAUGUGUCUAUACCAUAUGGUAAUGUGUUGUAACAAAAUGUAUUUUUAUGAAUAUCAUGUUUUUACUAUGAUCGUAGAGGGUUGUAAUUAGAUUUAUAUUGUUUUACCUUCUCAUACCAUGUGGUAUUAUAUGGUAAUUAUAAUAAAUUUGUGGUCCUUCGAUUUACCAUGUUCUACUGUGGUGGUAUUGUAUGCUAGUUAGAUUUAUAAUUUUCUGUAGCGUGGUUUACCAAGUUAUACCAUGUGGUGGUAGUUGAUUUGUAAUUUUAUUUUAGCAUGUUAUACCAUAUGGUAUGGUAAUUAGAUUUGUAAAUUUAUAUAGCAUGUUUUACCACGUUAUACCAUGUGGUAUUGUAUGGUAGUUAGAUUUGUAAUUGUUUUCAACAUGUUUUACCACGUUUUACCAUGUGGUAUUGUAUGGUAGUUAGAUUUGCAAUUUUCUUCAACAUAUUUUACCACGUUUUACCAUGUGGUAUUGUAUGGUAGUUAGAUUUUUAAUUUUCUUCAACAUAUUUUACCAUGUUUUACCAUGAUAGUAGAAAGUGAUAAUCAUAUUUAUACUUGUAAUUAGUAACUUUAGCACUGAAUUAUUUAACAAAAAAAUCAUCAUUCAAUUUGAGUUGGAAUUAGAACAGAGAUAGCUAUGAUGGUUAGAUUCAUUUUUGUUGUAGAUGGGAGAGAGAAGAAAUAAUGUAUUUUUUCUUUUAAUAAUAAAAUAAAACAAAGAGUGAGAAAGAUGGGAACCAGUGUGGGGUGGGGGAGUGGCAAUUCGCGUCUGGUCAAAAAGUCAGCUUCAAAGCGUCAGCGUUACAUAGGGGGUGCAAUUUACCUUAGUGCCCUUCCGUGUUUAAUUUAAAUAAAUAAAAAAAGAAUGACACGUAAGGAUAGAUGAUUGGAUUACUGACAUUUACUGAUAGAAAGGAUACUGACAUGAUCUGAUCCCAAUAAGAGUAACAGACAAUACAAUAUAAAUUGACUCUUUCAGUGAAAUUUUUUUAAGUAACUUCUUUACUGUAAUCAAAAGCUACUUUUUGGGAUUGUAAACUGCAACCACAACCAUAACAAAAUUAUACUAAACUUAAACGAGGCAUUAGAGAUGAUUAAGAGGGUUGGAGGAGUUUGUCUAUAUAUGUCGUGGGGCCUAGAAGUUGCAAACUAGAUUGGAAUGAAUUUUAGGCUGAUUUGACGACAAUCAAAUAAAUUGUUGACACCUGUUCUUGAAUCGAGACAUGGUCUAAUUUUUUCAAGUACAAGAAAAUUGAAAUGAUCUCAAUAUUUUUUUAUUUUAAACGGAAUAAUUUCUUUGUAGCAUAUUUUGAAAUAAAUUUAUCUAUUAACUCUUCAAUUAUCAUAUUUUCCAGAAAAUCAUUUAUAAUUGUCACCAUAUAGCUAAUCCAUCUAUGUCAUUUUUUAACAAUCAAUAUACGCAUUUCUUGUAUAUAUACAAGAAAAUAUUGAUCAAUAGCUAGCACUAAUAUUUAUCAAUAUACAAAAGAAGAGCUUACUAGUGCUGAAGCAAGCCUACGAAAGAGGAACUUGAUUGCUACAAUGGCUCAUAUUAGUGCCACAUGGUUAUUUGAUCGUGGGUACGUAGUAUGUAAUAUAAAUGAGAGACUGUAAUCAACUUAUUGUUUACCCAUAAAAAUUAACCUUGUACCACAUCGGUUAAAAAUAAGGAAUUAAAUGGCUUUAUGAGGCCAACUUAAUCAUAUCAGUUUAAAUCAGUUGAGUGGGCCAUGAGGAUUGGGUUUUUGAGCCCAUUACUCCGUGCCACCACGUGCGCCAUGCAUAUCCAAAUUUGAUUAAGUAUGGGAGCCACCCCCAUGACACGCAGAGGGGGGUGGGCAUCAUACCACCACCCCCCAGGACGUGGCAAGGGGGUGGACAUCAUACCGCCACCCCAUGACAUGGUGAUGGGGGUGAUUGUCGAAUUUGGCUAAGGCAAGGAGUAUGAGAGCCACCCCAGGACAUGCCAUGAUGGCAAGGAGAACCCCCCAUGUGGUAUGGUCAAGGGGUCACCAGCAUACGCCCCCAUGGUAUGGCCAAGGGGCGUGGUCAACAUCGCCCCCAUGAGGUUGCCAGGGGGGGCUACCAAGACAUCACCCUCGUGAUCUGGUCAAGGGGGGUCAGGUGGGCACGUGAUCUCCCUACUCCUGUAAUGGUGAAGUAUUUUUGCCAUUUUUGACUCAAGUGAUUCUGCCAUUUUUGACUCAAGUGAUUCGAGUACCCACCCAUAUGUGGCAUGUGGUGUGCUUUCAUGCCUUAGCCAUUUUUUCUCUAUAGACAAGCAAAGCUACGGAGGGGAUACCAAGAGCAUGGAGUGAGGUCUCAAGAGGAGAGGCCAAGAUUGGUCUCCAUCCAACGUUAAGGUAACCGUCGAAGCAGUUGAGAGGGUAACCGCCACUCCACGUCACCAGAGCAGUUUCUUGGGGCAGUUACUUCUGGUGGCUAUAAAUAGGAGGUGAAGAUGACAGAGAAGGGGUUCGCCAAAAUCACAACUCGACACCACUUGUCAAGUUUUAUCUUUUUAUCUUUUCCUCUGCAUAUUUUAGCCAUAGUCGUAGUUUUUGGAGCUCUCACUGAACCUCCAUAGGAGUAGGGCUAAUUUAAUGUAGAUUUGCCUCGUAGCUCAUCAAAACAUUGAACACUCUUGUUUGAACUUUGUUCAAAGAGGUGUGAACUGUGUUGUUUGAUCGUUUGUUUGGAAGUCAAAGGUGCAAAAUCCAAUUCUGUUCAUCUAGUUUUUCUCGCCGGGAAAACACUUAUAUAACACUGGCUCAAUCGGUUCUGAGGAAGUUUUUAAUUAAUUAAUACAAACUUGGAUUACUA